CGUCUGUCGCGAUCCUUCAGACCCGCAAUUAGUCUUCGUGUGUAUUUUGUCGCGAGGAUGUCUUGUAAGAGGUGCGUUUCGAUCAUUGGUUCCGGGAAUUGGGGUUCAACGAUAGCGAAGAUUAUUGGGCGGAAUGUGUUACAGAUGGAAUCUUUUGAAGAUAAGGUGCGGAUGUGGGUUCAUGAAGAGAUGAUAAAUGGUCAGAAGCUUACUGAUUUGAUUAAUAAGGUCCACGAGAAUGUAAAAUAUCUUCCAGGCGUAAGACUUCCGCCGAAUGUUGUUGCGUUGCCUGAUCUUGAGAGCUGCUGUCGAGAUGCCGAUGUAUUGAUCUUUGUCCUACCUCACCAGUUCCUCAAAAAUGUAUGCCAGGCAAUGAAGCCGCAUCUGAAAUUCGGGUGCUACGGCUGUUCUCUAAUUAAAGGUUUGAACAAAGUACCUGGUGUGGGAGUGAGCUUGUUGACAGACCUUAUUCGCGACACGCUUAACAUCCCCUGUGCUGUCAUGAUGGGUGCGAAUUUGGCCUCGGAAGUAGCUGAGGAGAAGUUUUGCGAAUCUACUGUUGGGUCUUUGGAUCGGUCACAAGGGAUGGAAUUGAAAGAACUCUUCGAGGUUUGUUGUUUGCGAUUUGUUGAGCCUACAGACACCAGAUUCGCUUUCGGUUCCCGUUAUUUUAUAUGGGGUUUAUCUUCCGACAUCGCCCUCGAAGUGUAUGCACUUCUUGAUGAAUCCGGGACGUGCUUUAACUGCGAUGUCAUGCCAUAG